AUGACCUCCCGCGACGACAUAGCCGCGGCCGCCGGCCCUUUCCACAUCUACCAGCAGCUACCGAUGACGACUCCCGCGGCGGCGGUGCCCGCCGAAGCAGCCGUGGUUCCCGCGCCUCGCAAGAAGGCCGCCGUGAAGGACCGGCACAGCAAGGUGAACGGGCGCGGGCGGCGGGUGCGCAUGCCGAUCGUGUGCGCGGCGCGCGUGUUCCAGCUGACGCGCGAGCUGGGGCUCAAGUCGGACGGGCAGACCAUCGAGUGGCUGCUCCGGCAGGCGGAGCCGUCCAUCCUGGCGGCCACGGGCACGGGCACCGCCCCCGCCGCCUUCGUCUCCUCCUCGGCGCCGUCCACCGCCUCCUACUACCACACGCUCCUCGGCAAGCGGCCGCGCGAGCAGGAGCAGGAGCACGACGCGGCGACGGCGGCGUUCUGGGCGGCGCCGCGGCAGGACGUGUGGGGCUUCUCGCCGCUGGAGGCGCAGGCGGCGUACGUGCCGAUGGCGCAGGCGCACCACCACCACCUCAACCUGAACCUCCUCUCCGCGCUCUCCGGCGCCUACAGCCGCGCCGAGGAGGAGACCCGGUGACUCGCUCGAGAUCGACCGACCGAGCUUCUUGCCCGUUUUGCGUUGGCGUCCGUGAUCUGUUUGGGGAGCUGUGACCGCGAGUGUUUCUUGAUUAAUCGGAGGUUCGUAGCAGCUGGGUCUGUUUGCUCGUGUACCUGUCGAUCUCGAUCUCGAUCGAUCGUCGACCUUUGUUCGUUCUGGAAGUCUAAUUGGUGAAGAAUUGCCGCGCGCGGCACCAAGUGGCUUACUGUAAAUGCGAGUUCGUUAGAUCUUACAGUACGGUGUAUUACAUUUCUGCAAGUACAACAUGUGUUGGUGUUUGUCAUUUGCUCUAAGUAGAUCGUGUAAUGCGACUCCUUAUGGAACCUUGUUUCAAUUAGUGA